AUGAUUAAUUAAGAUUAAAAUAUUGGAAUCAUUUAUUUUCUGUAAUCAGGUAAGUAUACAAAAGUAUACUGUUUUGAUUACCAAUAAACCAUACCAAGCUCUAUAUUGAUUGACAGUAGUAAAGAUAAUGUAACAUCUAGUAGAUUAGAUUGUUUUGAAGAUAGUUAAUAGUAGAUGGUCUUUUUAGGUGAUAAAUAUAAUUGCUAUGAUAAAUUUAGAAGUUGUCAAAAUGAUAAUAAAUGUGUUUAAUGCAGAUGGGGGUAUUGUAAAUAAUAAAAAGAAGAUAACACAGUUUGCAAAGAUAUGAAUGUAUUAGAUUAGUGUAUAGGCUAUGAUUAGAAUAACAAAUGCGUUAUUAAUGAAUAAGCAACUAUUUCUUCGUCUUUCUCUUGUUGGACUUAAUCAAAUAAUACUUGCAUAGAAACAAUUUGUUAAAAUAAUGCAGGAUGUUCUUCAUUUUGUAAAUAUAUACCUGCUUUUUAAUAUAUAGUGGGAAAAUUAACCAACUCAGUCUGCUACAGUAAAACAGAUUUAUUUAUUCCUUAUGAAAUAAAGGGAUGCAUAGGCACAUAUUGUAAAUUAAUUUAAAGUGAAAUUCCUUUAUCAAAUGCAUGCAUAAGCAUGAAUGACUUAGUAAACUAAUAUAGCAUCAUCGGAUUUGAUCAAUAUCAAUUAUGCAUUUAAAUGAAUAGUAAUAAUAACUAGGCAAAAAAAUGUAGAUUCAAUUAUUGUAUAAUUAUUGCUGGUGAAUAGAUUUCUUGCGUACUUUUAGAUCAUUUUAUUUCAACACAAGCAGCCAAAUAGGCUGACACUCAUUAUUGUUAAUCAUUAGAUUAGUAGGAUAAUAAUUCUAUGAAUUGCUCUCCCACUCUAUGCUUAGAUAAAGAUACUCGAAACUGCGUACCUUUAAAAGAUAAUGAUGGAUAUAGAGGAAGGCAAGUUGUUACUGAUUUUUGCAUGGAUAAAGUAGAUGAUCCUAAUGAUUAUGGCUUAAUAGAGUGCGUAGAUGACUAUUGUAUUUCUAAGAAUGAAUGUGUAAGCUUUUUAAGUGACUAAAAUAUAAUAGGCAAAAACUCUGCUUAGAUGUGUGUUUUCAGUUAGAAUCUUUAUGUGUAAAAUUGUCAACCAAACCCACUUAAUCUUUAAAUGAUAAGUUGCAAUUAUCAAUCUUUGGAAAUUUGUUUAAAUAACAAUUAUUGCUACUUUUUAAAUGGACUUAUAAAUACGAAUAGAUUGGCUAGAGCAGAUGGUACCUGUUCCUUAACUUUUAUAUUUAAUAUGUAUGGGUCAGAUAACAAAGGAAGCUGCAUUUUUCAAGGAUAAAUUUUAGCUUAAAAAUGUUCAAACGGAUACUGCAUAAACUAAAAUGCAUGUAUUUAGUUUGAUGGAAAUUAUAUUGGUAGAGACAAAAAUUACAAUUGCCUUUAAUAAAACUAAGAUGGAGUUGCUGUGUAAUGCUAAAUAGGAUACUGCUUAAAGAGAAGCACGUAAAAUAAGAACAUUUUCUGUGUAAAAAUUGAUAUAAUUAAUGAUGUUGCAGGAGUAUAAAUAAACAGUUAAAACUGUAUUCUUACAUAAGAUGCAAGUAAAAUAUAGGCAUCUGAUUGUUCUGUAGGUUUUUAUUGCUUAAAUUCACAAGGUUUUUGUUAAAUCCUCUAAAGUAGUGGUUGCUCUGGAAUAAAUUAACAAUGCGUAGAUAUGAAAUCAAGACCUUUUGAUUGUUAUGCAUGUUAACCUGAUAGUUGCUUGCUUUAUGGACCUCCUGGAUUAUGCAUUUAAAUUUCAAUCUAAAAUUCACUUUGCUAAAGUUUUACUGGAAGAUGUGAGUAUUCGUUGUCAAGAAAUUGUAAUUAUUGUCCUGAUUUAACUUGUAAAGAUCCAAUAACAAAGAGAUGCACACCAAUGACAAGCAUGAAAUUAAAGUCUAAUUAAUGUUUAGUCUUAGAAAGAUCAGAUAUACCUUGUAAAAUUUAAGAUAUGAAUGAUUAUUUAUAAAAAAAGUUAUUAGACAAUUAAUAUUAAAUCUAAUGCGCUGACUCAUAUAGUAGAUGUGCUAAAAUUGUUAAUAGUUUCUGCUCAUCCUGUCCUGUUAGCUAUAUAUAACCAGGAAAUGGAAUCUGCUAUAGUUUGCUUUAAUAAUAAUAACUUGUAUAAUCAGGAAAUAUAAUUUUUUUAGAUUAAUUAAAUUUGCAAUAUAUUAAUCAAAGUGUUGGAGUUUAGGACUAAUUAAAAUGCCCUUCGAAUUGCUUUUCUUGCUUCUCUUAGAAAAUAUGUACAAAGUGUUUAUUUGGUUAUAGCUUGUUAGAAAUAAGUAAAAGGGAAAUUAUUUGCAUUUCAACAGAUGCUAAUAAAAUGAUAUAGCUUUCAUCAGAUUAUGACGAGAAUUUAAUUUACCUAACAAACAAUCUUUUUUACUAAUGCACACAAACAGGGCUUUAUUACGGGCAAAAGGUAUUACCUAAAUCUCUUGUAUAUGACUUUCCUCUUUCAUAGCAAUAAGUAGAAUAAUAUGACUAAAUAUAAUAUAGAAUACAAUAUGACUAAAAAGGUAUAAUAAACUGUUAACAAUUGAUACAAUAUGAAAUAAACACUAGUGGAGUUCAUAUUACUACUGAAUAUAUACCCUAAAAAGGUUUUUUCUUACAGUUUUCUCAAUAAAAUGUUUAAAUCAGCAAAUAAAUUACAUACAGAGAAAACAAUAGCUGUCAAAGCUCUUGCACUUCUUGCUUCUUCAACUAAGCAAAUAAUCAAAAUGUUUGCAUGAAAUGCAAUGCUGGAUAUACUCUUCGUUAUGAUGGUAUUUGUGUUAAAUGCCCUUAAAAUUGCUUAAAAUGUAUUUUUGGAGGAUUUUAUGCUGGAAAUAGUGUAGUUUGGAGUGACAUAUAAAAUAUUUAUACAAAUGAUUUUAUGAGUAAAUUGACAAGUGAGGAAUACACAUUGAAGUGCACUAUCUGUGCUCAAGGUUUUACAGUAAAUUAAGUCUAUGAUACUUGUGUUAGUUGUGGCUAUUAAUGUAUAAACUGCUAUACAGGUUUUCCAAAUUAUAAUCACAAUGCAGCAUUAAAUUUUGAUUAAAAAUUCUUUAAAAAUGUAAAUCUGGUUUACAAGUGUCUAGAAUGUAUUAACUCCUCAUAUAAAUUUAAAAACGAUGAUGUAAACUGUGAAGCUAAAGUUAUUCCUUAUUGCUCUGUUGAAUUUAACUAAAUUAUUGUUCCUGGUUCUAUACCUUACAUUUUAUCUAUUGGAUCAUGGGGGUUAAAUAGAUAAUCAAGACCUUACUGCUAUCUAUGCAAUAAUCAGUUUUAUAAUAUUUUAAACUAUUCUUGUUUGCAAAGUAAAAGUGUUUGCUAUACCUAUUACUUAAAUUAUAGAGAUUUUAGAGAUUGUUUAUCUUCUAAAUUAAAUUUAUUCUAGUCAGAAAUAAAUCAAAUACUCUUUAAUUGUGUUUAGCCAAUAUUCGAUUAAAAUAGUAAAUUUUUAAACUGUGUGUAAUGUAAGCAAACACAAUGCAAUUAUGAUUAAAACUACAAGGUUAGUUUUGACAACACUAAUGUCAGUACUUGUUCUUAAAAUAUAAAUAAAUGUGAGACUUGCUAUUCUUACAAUGAUAGUACAGUCUUUUAAUGUACUUAGUGCAAAUAAAAUUAUAUCAUAAGUUUAGAAGGGUGUAUUUAAUGUCCAGAAGGAUGCUUAGAUUGUUAUUUGAGUGAUGGUACCAUUAACUAAACUGAUUAAUUAUAAUACAUAUUACCAUUUUACUCUUUAUAAGAUCGCAAGAAAUUUGUUUUGAAUAAUAUUUUCAAGUUUCAUUGUACUUCCUGUUCAUAAAACUAUUAUUUAAAUAGUUAAAGUAACUUAUGCACUUUGAAGAAUUGCGAUGUAUCUUGUUUAACAUGCGAGGUUUAUCAAAAUACUAGGCUUGCUUGUACUUAAUGCAAUAAUAACUAUUUACUUUAUCAGAUUUAGGACAUUAUAGGAUAUAUUUCAUUAUUUCACAACUAAAAUGACUAUCUAGAUAUUAAUUUAAUGAUCAAUCUAAAUUCUUAACAUGCUGCUUGUCAUCUAUGUCCUUAUUCUUGCUAAGUAUGCGAGAAAGGAGGAGAUAUUAGCGUAAAUCCAUAUUUAAUAUACAAAUCUAAGUGCAAGGUUUGCAAACCAAAUUUGACAAUACCUUAAAUUAUACCUUAAGGAGAAUAAAAAAAUUAUGAAUGGAGAUUUGAUAGUUACAGAGAGAGGUGUGUUUUAUGUAAUAAAUUAGAUUAGGGUUGCACAUACGAAUUGAAGGUAAGGUAAAUUUAUGCUAUUUGUGGAAAUAUCAGAGAUUCCAUUGGAAGUGGAACAAUACAGGACCCAUUAAAUAUAUAGAGAUCUUCUGAAAUUAACUGGAAUCAAUUGAUAAUAAAUUAAUCAGACAUUGCUAAAUAUUAUAUUUUCUAUAAUGAGAUGUCAGUCGAAUUUAUGGACAUACAAAUUAUAUUGCUGGGUAAUAUGUGUUAAAUAAGUUAGUAAAUCUCAAUAUAAUAAUCGAUAUUAAAUUUCAUAUUAACUCUUAACAGGUUUUCUUUAACUAUAAUGAACUACUAAACAAAUGAAUUGACAUUAAUUUCAAAGUACCCGAUAGUAAUUCAAGGUUUCACUGAAGUUAAUUUUUUAAAUAUAGAACUUUAAACUUAAAAAUAUAAUUCAAAUGAAUACUAGUUUGGAUUCUAAAUAAAUAAUUCUAUUACUAACAAAGUUAGCUUUACAAAUGUUAAAUUUACCAAUCAGUUCGCAGCAGAUAAUAAUUUUAUUUUUCAAAUCAAUAAUUUAUCAGGAUUUCUUAAUUUAAGUAAUGUUAUAAUAAAAGGCUUUUAGAUUUAAAAUAAUGAUUUCUUUACAUUGAUUUUUAAUUCUGACAUACAAUUAAGACAAAGAUUACUCUUCAUAAUUUCAAACUCUACUCUUACAAAUACGAAUUUCAAAAAAGCAUCUUUAGUAAAGCUAUUAGCAGGAAAUUUGUAUAUAGAAUUUGAUAAUUUUAUUAUUUAGGAAUCUUAAUUUUUAAAUAGCAGCUUAUUCUUAAACAUAUAAUCUUACUAUUCAAACACUAGUGCGUAUCUGUAGUGGAAUAACAUAAAUAUAAAUAAUUGCGAUAUCUAGUCUAAAAGCUAAAUAUUUUCUUAUAACUUCUUUGAAAUGAAUUAGAUUAAUAACAUUACUUUCCUCAAUAAUAAUCUUACAAGUUUAUAAGAUGAAAGUUCUUUGUUUUAAUAGAAUAAAUUAUGGCUUUCUUUGAUUGAUAUUAUAAAUAAUAAAUUUUAAAAUUACAAUUUAUUUGAGCAUUAUUCCUAACCUAAUACUAUUUACAAUGCUAUCUUUAAUUAUUACUUAUCUGGCAUUUAUUUUAAAAACAACACCAUUUCUACAAACUAAGGGCUACUUUUUAAACUUAAAGGAAAUUUGUAGAUUCCAGCUGAUUCUAUUAAAAUUAAUAUAUUUACUGUUGAAAUAGACAAUAUUUUUAGCGAUUUAUCACGAAAUAGCUUCAUAGAAGUUACGUCAGCUUUAUAAUUUGUUUUUACUAAAUUUAAAAUUGUUAAUACAUACUUAUCGAGUGUAUUUAUUCUAAAUAGCAUUCAAAGUGUAUAGGUAAUAGAUGGAACAGUCACUGGUAUUUAGACCUUUUUAGUUGAUUAAUUCUAAAUUAUAAAUACAAUGAAUCAGUUAAAAAUAUUAAAAGUACUCGUUUAAAAUACUCUAACAACUGCAACCAUUUUUACAGUUAUAAAUACUUCUCAACACAAAUUAUCUUUGCAAUUAAAUAUUCAAAAUUUAGAAGCCUACUAAAAUUAGUUUGUUGUAUCACAAAAAACUAAUAACGUCGGAUUAUUUAUUAUCUAAAACAGAGUUAGAGCAGAAAUCAGUAUUGUAAAUUGUAUUUUAAGAGAAAAUCAAUAAUACAGUUUAGUUUCGACUAUGGUUUAAUACUUAUAGACUAGUCCUGGUUUCAACAUUUUUAGCUAUGGGAGUUUAAAAAUAAUAGGAGGUGAUUUUAUUGAUAACCAAACAGAGCUAACUAAGCCAGUUUUUUAUAUUGUGUGCUAAGUUGUUUAAGUUUUAAAUUCUUAAUUUUAAACCUUGGGAAAUUAAAAAACCAAUUAUAAUCUUAAAGGAGGUUUCAUGUAUUUGCAAGCUGAUUAAAUUUCUAUUGUAAACUCUUCAUUUACAGGUUAAUAAGCAAUUAACGGAGGAGCAAUUUAUGCGUGCAUUACUAACUAAGGCUAGUUGCUUAUACGAAACAGUUAAUUUGAUAGUAACUCUGCAUACAUUGAUAAUAUUUAUAGUAUGGGUGGUACUGUUUACAUUUAAACAAAUUUGGCUAAUUAUUUAGAUAUUUCAAUUGAAAAUAGCCUCUUUUUCAACAACUUUGCUAUCUAGGGAGCAAUAUUUUACAUAGAAAAAACGAAUGCGAAAACAUUUAUCAAGUUUAACUUAGUAAAAUUUGAAAAUAAUUUUUCAAUUCUGCAAUCAAUAAUUUUAUAUUUCGAUGGGUUUUAAGACUAGGUUAUAAAUGUUGAAUUCUAGGAUUGUUAAAUCCAAAAUACAAUAUAAAAUAUGUAAGAUAAAAUAUAAUAAAUGCUCUCAUGUCUAAAUUCAAACAAUGCUUAAAUUUAGUAAUAUUAUUAUAUUUAUAUCAGCAAUGCUACUCUGAUAACUAUAACAAACUUUUAAUUUCAAUAAACAGCUCAAUUAAUAGACUUGUAUAGUGAUUAAUAAAAUUUAAUUGAAUUGAAUCUUCCUGUGGUAGUUUAUGUUUUCAACACUUUGUCCUAUGUUGAUUCAUUUUCAGAAUACUAGCAGACCAUUACAAAUGAUGAGAUAAUUCAUAUAGAAGCAAACAGUAUUGCUCUAUAUUCUGUUAAAUUUCUAUAACUUUAAUCGUUUUAAUUAAAUACUCAAAUAAUAAAAUUAUUUGCAAAAACAAUAAAUUUAAAUAGUAUUUUAGUAGAUAAUUUAAUUUGUAAAAAUUGCAGCAACGGUAAUAUUAACAUUGAAGUUGGUAAUGAGGCAUAUAUUAGCAAUUCUUUGUUUUAAAAUAACAUUUGCUAAAACGGAGGAGGUAUCUAUAUAUAAUCACCAAUAAACUAAAAUUAAAUUCAAGUAAAUAAAAGAUCUCUGGAAAGCUCUAAAAGUCCAAUAAAAACUGUUUAGUUGUUUGAUAAUAGCUUUAAAAAUAACACUUCUCAAAAAAAUGGUGGAGGUAUUUAUUUAUUGAACAUAUAUGCAAUUAUCAUAAAUUCGACUUUAAGUAACAACACUUCUCAUGAAUCAGGAGGAGGAAUAUAUAAUAUAAUUUAAGAACAAUUGCUUGAUAACGACCCAAUACUAUUCAAUUUAUAUUAAUUAACAAAUAUUUUACUGUAGAAUAGUUAUAUAGUUUAUAACAAAGCUUAAAAUGGUGGUGGCUAUUAUUCUUCGUUUAAUCUUCCUUAAAUAGAUAAUAGUUUUAUAUUAGCCAAUAAUGCCUAAAUUUUUGGAUCUGAUUUAUCUGGAUUUCCUAUAUUUUAUUAAGUUUACUAUGACAAUGUUUUCAUCAAAUAAAAUCAAACUAUUUAUCUUUUUUCUGGUAAAAUUAAUACUCCAUUUAUAGUUUAUUUGAUGAAUGACAUAAAAUAAAUUUACAAAAAUAAUAUUUCUAAAGAUAUCUUGCUAGAAAUUAGAACAGUUUAAGUAUAAAGUAAUGAAAAGAAUAAUUUAAUACUAAUGGAUUAAGUGAUAAAUUUUAAUAAUAAUGUAUUUGAUUUAAGUGGUUUGAGUGUUUAUGGCAAGUUCAGUUAAAAAUCUAAAAUUUUAUUAUCUUGCAAUAAAGUAAAGCAGGCUAUUUAUCAAAAAGGAGAUAUUAUUUCAAUUAAAUAAAACAUAACUUUUGAGAUGGAAUUUUCAAUAGUAAGCGAAUGUCCUAUAGGCUAUCGAAGCUCAAAAAUAAAUAAUACCUAUGAUACAUGUAUACCUUGCCUUGAUAAAACUUACAAUCUGAAGCCUGGAUAGGCUGAAUGCAAAAAAUGCUAAUCAAGUUUAUAUAAAUGCUAAAAGAAUAAUAUUUAAAUCCCAGAUGGAUACUUUAGAAGAGAUAAUAAUACUGAUUAAAUCAGUGAGUGUAGUAAUUGGCCAAGUAAUUGUGUAGGAGAUAUUUCAAGGGAUAACUCUCCUAUUAAUAAUCUAAGAAAUACUAAUUGGAAUAUCUACUACUGUGUUGAAGGUAAUGUAGGAUUUUUUUGUGAGGACUGUGACUAUGAAGGAGCAUAUUGGGGUGAAAAAUACAUGAGAUUCUAAUAAUAUGGCUGUUAAAAAUGUAAUAGAGAGAAUAUUUUACAAACUAUUAUGAUUGGAAUAAUUAUUUAAUCAUUAAUAGCAAUUUUAAUUUGUUGGAUCAUAUUUAUAACUUGGAUAAAUUAUUCUAAUAUAGGCUAUUAAUUAUCAAAAAAAAAUUUUAUUACUGAAUUCAUUAAUUUUAGAAAUAAACUUAGCUAAAUUGAAGAAUAAAAAAGAAUAAUUAGUGUUAAAAUUUUAUUUUGUUAUUUGUAAAUCCUUUUUAUGCUGACAUAAUUAGAACUUUAGUUACCAUGGCCAUUUACCUUUAUCUUGAUAUGCUUAACAAGAUAAAAUGAAUAUAUAUUUCGCUCAUUCGAUUGUCUCAUAAAUGUGAUACCUGUUUCUUAUGCCAGAGUUGCUACUUCAAUUAUUCACUUAAUAGCUAUAAGCUUUUUCACUGUUGCUUUUACUUUUUUGUUUUUCUAUUUUUACUCUAAAAUGAAAAGAAGAAAUUACAUGUACAAGUUUAUUCUAAAAUAUAAAAUUGAAUUAAUGACAUAUAUUUCUUCUUUAAAUUUUAUUGUUUAUUCACCUUCUAUCAUUCAAAUCAUAGCGGCUAACAUGAACUGUGCCACUUACGAUGGAGCAAGAUAUGUGAGUUAUUCAACUUCUUUGAUGUGUGAUUCUUAACAUUAUAAAUGGACUUUAUGUUUAUUCUUACCUGCUUUUUUUAUUAUUGCUCUUAUCAUACCUUUUCUUAUUGCUAUAGUUAUUAAAAAAUACUUUUAUACUUAAUUUGUGGUUUUUGCUUUUAGCCAAUUUACACAUGGCUAUAAAAUAAGUCAUGCUUAUUUCUGGGAUAUGUUUAGAUAGAUAUAAAUUUUCUUUGUUAUUUUGAUAUUAAGUUUUGACUUUUAAAAUUCAACAAUUAAGAUUACUUUUUUGAUUUCAGUAAGCUUAUCAUAAAAAUUAAUAAACUUCACAUAAAAUCCUUUUAACAGUCAAAAUAUAGAAAAUUUGUGUACAAUACAAAUGGAUACUUCAGUAAUCACUAUAACAUUAGUUAUAUUCUUAAAUUAGGCAAUACAAAGUUAAAAUUUUAUAGAAUAGAUUAUUUGCGGAGUAGCUAUUGCUCUCAUAAAUUUAAAUUUAUUUAUCAGGAUACUGUUUAAUAUUUUGAGUAAAGAUUAAUUAAACAAGAUAUUAUUUUUGAGCAAAAAAAAGUAAAAAGCAAUUCAAAAAUCAUAACUAUAAUGGGGAAUUCUUAGAUAGCAUUUUAAAAAUAAAGCAAUCCAUCAAUUAAGUUUAUAUUUAAAAUAAAGUAAUUAAGUAACAAUUAAAAGGCUUUAUUUGAUGAGUUAAAAAUAAUAUAAUACUUUAAAAAUUUUUAAAUACAAUUGA